AUGGCUCACCCGACUGUGGAGCAGUUCCGCCAAUUCUGGCCCCGCAUCACCGACGACAACAAUCUUACCUUGCACGGGUUCCGCCGCUUCAAAACUACACACCUGCUUAACCUCCGCUUUCUCGAGGAGGAGAUUGCCCAGAUCGAUCAUGCCAUUUACCAGUCUGGCCUCGGUCUCGGGCAUGAGCCAUCGGUACGUGAUAGGCUUGGCCUGAAAGAGAGCAAAAGGGAUUCCGAAGUCCCUGCCAUCGAGGACACUAUUACAACCGAGCUACCUCGUUCAUAUAGCUUAUACUCAAAGCGACAUGUAGAUGAUGCACUCACCGCUUUCGGCCAUAUUAUGUCCAUGGAGACGGUAUCACUUCUGGACGACGAGAAGUUGUCAAACACGCGAACAGACUUGACCCUCCGCGAGAUAUACGAGACCCGGCUUGUUCGGGCAGAUCUCGACGCGCGCACUCGUACCGAUCCUUUCCAGCGCUGGUUGCACAAACGCCUGCGAGCUUUUCGUUACUGGAGGUUGUCUCAGAAGUAUACUAUUGCGGAACCUUUCAUGUCAUCGUCGUCCAGAUCGCAUUCACAGUCGUCGCAUCAGAAUACGGUACUUAUCGUUAAUGUAAUAGGGCGCAUCCUCACUUCUAUGGUCACUGGGCUGUUUUUGGUUGUGCCGUUGACCAUUCUGUCAGCCGGAUCGGUUCGAGGGUCGCAACUCGCAGUCAUAUCUGUUUGUAUCGUGGUCUUUUCGGCUCUUGUCGCUGCUGUGCUGAGAGUAUCGAACUACGAGAUGAUAGUGGUAUCGGCGGCGUAUGCCGCCAUGCUGUCCGUAUUUGUGUCUAAUAACUCCGGAUCAUAG